AUGCCAGCAAGGCCAAUGAAUGUUACAGAAGAAAAUGGAUUUGUCCUCCUGGGUUUAGCCAAUCACCCUGACCUGAAAGUGCCACUGUUCAUUGUUUUUCUGUUCAUUUACACAAUGAUUAUGGCAGGGAAUAUGCUCAUUUUCAUCCUCAUUAUGGUAGACCCAUCACUUCAGGCACCAAUGUAUUUCUUUCUCCAAGUUUUGUCCUUUCUGGAUAUCUGCUACUCUUCAGUUACUCUUCCCAGAAUGCUGGUAGAUUUUCUUUCAAAGGACAAGGGAAUUACCUAUGUUGGUUGUGCCACACAAAUGUUCUUCUUACUCUUUUGGGGAGCUUCAGAAUGCUUCCUUUUAGCAGUUAUGGCCUAUGACCGCUAUGUGGCCAUAUGCAAACCACUGAGAUAUGUGAUCAUCAUGAAUAAAACUGUUUGCAUUUCACUGACAGUUUUGUCAUGCUUUGCUGGCAACCUGGUGUCUAUGCUCCAAACAGUUUGGAUCUUCACCUUACCAUUUUGUGGACCACAUCACAUUAAUUAUUUUUUCUGUGAUAUUCCACCCCUAAUUAAACUUUCAUGCACUGACACCUCUAUCUAUGAAAUGCAGCUGUUUACUGCCACCACUCUUGUAAUUUUUACUCCUUUUUUCCUUAUUUUUGUAUCAUACUUGCUCAUUAUUUCCAGCAUCUUAAAGAUGACAUCAGCUGAAGGCCGUCAAAAGGCCUUCUCUACCUGCUCUUCUCAUCUCAUUGUUGUGAGUUUGUACUAUGGGAGUGGUAGCUUGAUUUAUUUGCAGCCCAAGUCUACUAAUGCAGAGGACAACAACAAAGUCUUGGCUUUGAUAUACACUACCAUCACGCCCAUGUUGAACCCCCUUAUCUACAGCUUAAGAAACAAGGAAGUCAAUGAGGCAAUUAAAAGAAUGAUGACCAAGAAAACUAACAGAAUAUUUUUCCAUCAGAAAUAA